AUGCCAUCAUCGCAGCUGAGCCGCAGGAUUAUUUUUACCAUGUCAAACGGUGUCAAUUCAGGUACUACUGAUUUUACGUAUCUGAAUUCAACAACCCCGAUAAUGGGAGAUCAAUAUUACAACACCGGUGACUACAAUUUUUGCAAAAUGCAGCGUGAAAACCAACAAAGGUUGUCACACAAUAGUGGGACUGAUAUGGCGUACUAUGGGCAAAUGAAAAAUAUGGAAUACAAUGCAUUGAUUGAUGAUUUUUACCCACGCCCCUCAGAACCCCUCAAUCAUUAUGAUAAUAAUAAUGACCUGUUUGCACAAACGGCCAUGCGUUUAUUUGACGAGUAUGAUAAUUAUGAUGGUUUUGUCCCUAGGUAUGGCUAUGGAGAUUUAUGUAAAGAACCAAAUGCCAAUAAACUCAUGCCGUUUAAGUUUGAUAGGCUAAGAGAGCCAAUGACAAAACAGUUGGAUGUGCCACAUAUUGAUAAUACUAAGGAAAUUCCAGGAGAUUACAACUUCUGCAGUCUAAGUGAUAUGGACCCAGAAACAUUUGACAGACUCUGUCUAACUGGAUUAACUAAUGCAUAUGCAGCACCAAAGUGCCAACCAACAUAUGAUAUGGACCAUAUGCAAGCUUAUACGGGGUACUAUUGGCUGAAGAAUACCAAAAAUCAUGUUUGGAAUCCUAAUGGUAAUUAUCAGGAUAUGACACAAAAUAGUUACGUGGGUAUGACUAACGACCCCAAUAUGACAGAGUAUGUUCGGGAUUUUGGUGACAUUUACCGCGGCGUCAGGCCGGAUAGAAGAAGGGUUAAGAACUUUGAAGAAUCCAAGACGCCCAUAUACACACGAAGGCAGGGUAUGUACCAAUCCAAAGUAUACAACAAUGACGGAACUGAAAAUAAUUAUCGAAGCAUGGUCAAAGCUCACCAUGCUUCAACUUCACCUAAUUGGUUGAAGGAUGCUGUUUUAGGUAAAACGAUUUCGGGAAAUAUCACAACUAUUUGCAAAGAUCAAACUGGCUGUAGAACUUUACAGAAACUACUAGAAACAAAUGAUGAGUCGUUAAUAUCAGCUGUACUUGAAGGGGUAUUGGAAAAUCUGGUCGAACUUAUGACAGACCCUUUCGGCAACUAUUUAUGUCAAAAGCUAAUGACGGUGUGUGGUGAAGAACAACUCACACAAAUAAUUGAUACUGCAGGCGAUACACUCAUAACUAUCGCCCUUAAUAUGCACGGAACCAGGGCACUUCAGAAAUUGAUUGAAGUUUUAAGGACACCUGAACAAGUUGUUAAGGUCACGCAUGUACUCAAUAGUGGUGUUGAAGAGUUAGUGACAGACCUUAAUGGAAACCAUGUCAUUCAAAAAUGUUUGGCAUCACUGACCGCAGAAGAAUGCGAAUUUAUUCAUCAAGCGAUGAUUAACAAAUGUGUCACCUUUGCCAUACAAAGGCACGGAUGUUGUGUAAUGCAGAGAUGUAUUGAUGCAGCGAAUGAACGCCAGAAAAAAGAACUGGUGGAAGCUUUAACAAGCAACGCUCUGUUACUCGUUGAGGAUGCUUACGGAAACUACGUCAUCCAAUAUAUCCUAAAACUUAAGGAUAACGAUGUUAAUCUAAGGAUUGUGAGGGCAUUGGCGCCAAAUGUUACCACCUUCGCAAAACAAAAGUUCAGCUCAAAUGUGGUUGAAAAAUGCCUGAUGAUUGGACCUGCAAGGAUCAGAAAUAUCAUCAUCGAGCGGUUUGUCAAGGCGCCAUAUGAAGUGUUAAAAGACCUCAUAUUACAUCCAUUUGGCAAUUAUGUUAUACAGCGUGUGCUGAGUGUCGCGCAACCCACUGAUCUUGCGGAGAUAUUGAAAAAAAUAAGGCCGCAUAUGGACGAAUUGAAAACAAUAUCAACGGGAAAACGUAUUGCCGCCAAGAUCUCAAGAAAACAUUAUAAUGAAGUAUACAAUUCAACAAAUGUCGGUAACCGUAACGAUCAGCUAAGCUUAGACUUUCUAAAGAGGACCACUAUGACGGCACCUAUCAAGAAUAUCCAUCGUGAUGAUCUAGCGGAUGAGCUGUUGCGUGUAACGCAUCGUGAAGAGGAUGGUGCUCCGAAUGAAAGAGGCGAUUUAUGCAAGGUUGAAAGUACUACCAGCACUCUGACUACAUGUGACUCUAUAUGCAACUCUACACAAAUGUGUGUUAACAACAGUGAACAAUGUGCUGUAAAAUCAGUAUCAUCCAAUUCACCCGUCACAGUGAUAGAUACUGACUUCUCUCCCGCCACAUCUGUUGAUAGUAACAAUGCGGCUGUUAACGAAUACCUUAACUCUGGCUUCGAUGCCGAAGACCAGAAUGAAACAAAUGCUAAGUGA